UUUCUUGUAGCUUCUACUUAGCCUAGCUUUGCGGUUCCUUUUGCAUCUUCUUUAAACCUGUGACUCCGAUCAUACUAUUAAGCUAUUAUGUCAGAGGAAGCACUAACAGUGACUGUUGCCUACGGCUCUGCAAAACACAACAUCACAAUAUCAGGAAGUGAUGGCAAUGCUCCCACUGUCAAAGAUCUGUCUGAUGCUCUCACGCAAGCCACAGGUGUUCCACAACCCUCCCAGAAAAUUAUCUUUAAAGGGAAAUCACUAAAAGAAAUGGAGGAGAGUCUGUCAAGUUAUGGCGUUAAAACUGGCUGUAAACUAAUGAUGAUUGGAAAGAGGAACAGUCCAGAAGAAGAAGCAGAACUGAAGAAACUGAAAGAUAUUGAAAAAUCUGUUGAACAAAUGGCAAAGAAACUGGAAAAAGUGGAUGGGGAACUAACUGGACUUAAGAAUGGAUUUUUGGCCAAAGACCUUCAAGCAGAAGCACUGAAUAAACUGGACCACAGAGUGAAAGCUGCGGCUGAACAAUUUAUGAAGAUCUUAGAACAGAUAGAUGCUAUGAGCUUACCAGAAAAUUUCAACGACUGCAAAAUGAAGAAGAAAGGGCUUGUAAAAACAGUACAGGAUUUCCUGGCUCAAUGUGACAGAAUUGAAGCUUGCAUAUCAGACCACAUAACAAAGAUCCAGUCUAAAAACUUGGCCUUGGCAGAAUAACCAUAUUUUAAGUUUGACACUGUUCUAUGAGCAGUGACUGUACAGAAAGCUUCAGGUGUGGAGCAGUUUUUGACUUAUUUAUUUUGCUGUGUUUACAGAAAAUGGUGUGCUGUAAAAAAAAGUUAAAAAGUCUGGCUGAUUGAUCCAGCCCAAAUGUUAAUGUUUGUGUUGAAAAUUUUGUCUGUCCCCCAAAUAACAUUUCAGGGAAGAGCACCAGUUGGGUUCUUUCUGAAAAAAACUAAAUCUGUAAUAUGUAAAAAAUAUGUAUGUGCAAUUGUCUCCAGUAAAUACAUGCACUUAA